UUCGUAAUUUUUUUACACAAACGGCCCAAAUAGUUAAACUAGAAAUCCCUCCAAAGAGCACGAAAGGCAGAGUUCAUCCCGCGACUCUAGAGAUAUCGCUUAAAAUCUGCCAGUCACUGUGAGUCACCGACGCCCCCGGAAGUAUUUGAUUUCGGUUUUAUUUCUUUUUUUCUCGCCACUGCUCGGAUCUCUCCGCUUCCUCACUGAAAUCAUCAAAUAGAAGAAAAUAAAACGUGUCGGGGGUUCAUGCUCAGGUAACCAAAAGGAUGUAUCAAACUAAUGGAAUUCUUCCCAGUGAACAAAUCCAGACAAAAGAUUUUGAAAUUUUCUAAUAGUUACUUUGAUACUAUUGGAACCAAUGGAACGUUAAUAGACGAAAAUUCUGAUUGAAACAGGAGUUUAACUAGAGGAGGAAUUAUGCAAAAGGACAACGAUUCUGGCGGCCCAUCAACGACUAGCGGUCUUACUGGGAGGCUACGCCGGCGCAGAGGCUCAAAUGAGGUUCCUUCUGAAGUUGUUAAAGCAAAUGGAAGCCAUUUACUUGUAGACGAUACAAAAAAAUACAAGUCAAUGUUAAUCCGUAUAUAUUCAUCAGUUUGGAUGAUUGGAGGUUUUGCCUUCGUAAUCUACAUGGGACACCUUUAUAUCUGGGCCAUGGUAGUUGUUAUCCAAAUUUUUAUGGCAAGAGAGCUAUUCAAUUUACUUAGGAGAGCACAUGAAGACAGUCGCCUCCCAGGUUUCAGGCUUUUAAAUUGGCACUUCUUCUUCACUGCAAUGCUGUUUGUGUAUGGCCGCUUCCUCAAUCAGAGGCUUGCUAAUACAGUUACUUCAGAUAAAUUUUUGCAUAAGCUCGUGAUUGGAUUUAUCAAGUAUCACAUGGUUACCUGUUAUUUCUUGUAUAUUGCAGGUUUUAUGUGGUUUAUUCUGACACUAAAGAAGAAGAUGUAUAAGUAUCAGUUUGGACAAUAUGCAUGGACUCAUAUGAUUCUGAUUGUGGUGUUUACCCAGUCCUCUUUUACCGUGGCAAAUAUUUUUGAAGGAAUAUUCUGGUUCCUUCUUCCAGCAUCACUUAUCGUCAUCAAUGAUAUUGCUGCUUACUUUUUCGGCUUUUUCUUGGGGAGAACUCCUCUAAUCAAGAUAUCACCGAAAAAAACAUGGGAGGGCUUUAUUGGAGCAUCAUUUGCAACUGUUGUCUCUGCAUUUGUGCUUGCAAAUAUAUUGGGUCGUUUUCAGUGGUUAACAUGUCCAAGAAAGGAUUUAUCAACCGGCUGGCUUCGUUGUGAUCCUGGUCCUCUGUUCAAGCCAGAUUAUUUUAAUGUCCCUCAAUGGGUUCCUCUAUGGUUCCCUUGGAGAGAGAUAUCUGUUUUACCAGUACAGUGGCAUGCCUUGGCGCUUGGUCUCUUUUCAUCAAUUAUAGCACCUUUUGGAGGCUUUUUUGCUAGUGGCUUUAAAAGAGCUUUCAAGUUCAAGGAUUUUGGUGAUAGUAUUCCCGGACAUGGUGGAAUCACUGAUAGAAUGGAUUGCCAGAUGGUGAUGGCCGUGUUUGCAUAUAUCUACCACCAGUCAUUUGUCGUACCUCAAAGCUUAUCGAUUGAAGCUAUUAUGGACCAGAUAUUAAUGAAUCUUACAUUUGAGGAGCAACGAGCUUUAUUCAUGAAGCUUGAGCAGAUCAUCCAGGAGAGGCACUUUGUUGAAUCCUGAAUUUAGGAAAACUGACCUUUGUGUAAUGUAUGUAGCUGUCAUUUUCGCAUGUCAUGUACAUGUUCUGUUUCCUCUCCCUCGUUCUAUGCAAACUUUUGCAUACACUUGACUUCUGCACAUUGAUAGUGCUUGUCCCCAUUAUAUUUCUGAUAUUUCUAAUGAUUAAUGUAUGUGUGAAGAUAAUGUUUGUGUUUUUCUU